GUUUAUUUAAUAGAAGUAUUCGUAUCAUUGUUGAUUCUCCUAGUUCACGCCAUACUGGGUAGGAUGGCCAUCUCAGCACCUGGCAAAGUCUUCGUGACAUGGUUAAUCAGGCUGGGUGCCAAAGACCAGAACUCAUCGACAGUAACUCCCUGCGGAAGUACAUAGCAACAGUUUGUCAGAUUUUAGAUCUUAACGAAGGUGAGGUGCAGUGGGUGUCGAGCCACCUUGCCCACACAGUAAAAACCCACUUAGGUUUUUACAGGCUGCAGGAGGGAGCCAUCGAAAUCGCCAAAGUAUCUAGGCUGCUACUAGCCGCAGAGAACGGGACAUUGUCAAAAUAUAAAGGAAAGUCGCUGGAAGAUAUACAGGUUGAUGAUUUACCGUUGGGAGAGUCAGACGAUAUACCUGUGCAUGGAGAAAGUGCAGAUGAUUCUAUUGAUUUGAACUUGGCUGAGCAUUGGAAUGGAGAUGAUGAGCAACCAGCAGAGGCCCAAUCCUCCAUGCCUGUUAACCAGAGACAGAAGCGCCCCAGGCUUACCAAGAAAAGACACAUAAAAGACUCAGAAGAUGAGCAACCAGCAGAGGCCCAAUCCUCCAUGCCUGUUAACCAGCGACCUAAGCGCCCCAGGCUUUCCAAGAAAAGACACAUACAAGAGUCAGACUCUGAAGAUGUUGCUGACGAUGACUCAUUGAUAGAUCCCAGUUUUAUUUUAUCCAGCAACAAAAAUUCUACAAACAGAGGUGGUCAGAAACAGAAAACAAGAUCUUCAUACAGAUAUUUAGUGCCUGUCUAA